AUGACUUUCAAAGAUCUUGCUAAAGCUAAGGAGGUUAUUGGUUAUUAUGUUGUUUCUAAUAAGAGGGGCCUUCAGGUAGAUAAGAGUGAUAGGAGAAGACUUAGAUACAAGUGUCAGGUUGGGUGUCCCUUUAAAUGUCUUAUUUAUAAGGAUGGCAAAGAUCAAGGAGUAAAGAUAAAAACUUGUAGGGAUGAACAUGAAUGUGGUAAAGUCUUUGAGAAUAGAAGAGCUACUCCUGCUGCUUUAGCACAUAAUUUUAAGAGAAAGAUUCAAAAUAAUCCUAAGUUUAAGGUUAAAGAGAUGAAGGUUGAUUUAGAGGAUAGAUUUAGUUUGAAUGUGAGUGACUCAAAGUUAAAAAGGGUGAAGAGAAUGGUUUUAGAGAAAUUAGAGGGCAGUUACUUAGAUGAAUACAACAAAUUGGAGGCAUAUGCUCACGAAUUGGGAGAAACCAACCCUGGUACUGAUGUGGUGAUACAGAUAUCCAAAGAUGCAAUGGUGGAAGGUAAGAGAGGAUUUUUGAGGAUGUAUGUCUGUUUCCAGGCCCUCAAGAGUGGAUUCAAAGCAGGUUUGAGACCUUUUAUAUGUCUAGAUGGAACCUUUUUAAAAGGCAAAUGCAAAGGGAUGUUGUUAGUUGCUGUUGCUCAAGAUUCUUGCAAACAUGUGUAUCCACUCGCUUGGGCUGUAGUGGAUAAGAAAACAAAGAGAACAUGA